CUCUCUCACUUGUUUCCAUCCGGUGUGUAUAGAGUGUAACUCCCCAUUCCACAAGCUCUCAUUCGAUCCUCAUUGUUGGCGCUCGAUAAAGCUGGAGAGGCUCUCGAGCUCUCUGACCCAUUGCAGCUGGCGGGAGGCGAGCUGUCAAUCAACCAACCAAGAGCUGCCAGCCAUUGAGAAGAUACUGUUACAGAAAGAUGGUCACCACGAAGUUGUUGACCCUAGUGAUGGUCGUGAGGCAACAAAAGAUCCUCCUGGGAUUGAAGAAACGAGGGUUCGGGGCCGGCCGCUGGAAUGGGUUUGGAGGCAAAGUGCAACCCGGAGAAACCAUAGAGGAAGGAGCAAAGAGAGAAUUAUGGGAGGAGAGCAGCCUGACUGUAGACAGCUUGGAAAAAGUCGGAGAGAUCAAGUUUGAAUUUGUCGGUGAGAGAGAACUACUGGAUGUUCACAUAUUUCAUACAGAUAGUUACCAAGGGGAACCAGUGGAAUCGGAAGAGAUGCGCCCGCAGUGGUUCGACCUGGACAAGGUUCCGUUUGACAAGAUGUGGGCUGAUGACAUUUUCUGGUUCCCUCUGUUGCUCCAGAAGAAGAAAUUCAAGGGUCAUUUCAAGUUCAAAGGACAUAACACCAUCCUAGAAUACACACUGCAGGAAGUGGAUGAGCUAGAAGCUGACAAAGAGUCCUGAUUCUGACAAUUUGCAUUCUGAAGUACAGGGAAAUGGGGGUUGGGGGAGCUUUUAACAAACGUUGAGAAACUGCGGACAUACACAGCAGCAAACUGUUACGAAUAGCUGUUGCGAUUUUCUUUUCAGUGGAAGAAUUAAAUCCUGUUGAUAUUUUUAUAAUUUUGCUCUGGAGGUUUAAUACCUGAUUUAACCUCGACUAAGCAACUCUACUUGGACUACUGCAGGAGAUGUCAUCACAUCCUCGUGCUUCCAACUGCCCCACUUUCACGCUCCCACCAUUAAUCACCCAACACAUCCAUCUUCCUUUCCCAUACCAAUUAGAGAAUCAAUUCAUUACCUGAUUUGAUGAUCUUUGACUCGUCAGUUUAACUGCUUUUGGUCUACCUGAUACUCCAAUAAUUUUUCAUUUAUGCCACUCUUGGAAUUUAAAGAUUAAUCACUGCCAAGGCAAUCCAGGAGAGUUUACAACCCUGAUCCUGGGUCUGUGUCUUGCUGCACUGGAAUGCUUCAGCACAGCAAUUAUAGUAUAAUCAGGUGGGGUUGAUACACACAUUGUUCAAGAAUGACACCCAAUUUUCCAAUAUUCCCUACCCCACCCCAAGUGAUCCAUCACAUCGUUUGAACAGUAGCAAGAAAAUCUCUGCGGUGUAUUUGUAAGGUAGCGGAAAAUACAAGUGAGUUGGAUAGUUUUAAGAUGAUUUGGGCACAAGUGGCAGCUCAUUGUCGAAACGUGAUACCUGGGCAACAAAUUAUGGAGUAUGUAGAGAUUUGGAGGCUUGUUACUGGAUGUUGUUCAGAUUCCAUAUAGAUUGAAUGAUCCAUUUGCUGUAAUAUAAAAUGUGGUUUUUCUAGACUGCGA